AUGGAUUGGUCGCUUGAGUGUUGCAAUGACAAGCAGUUUCUGUCUAUCUUCCUCAUCAUCUGCUACUCCAUCACUAUUUUCAAACUAUGGCGUGUACCAAUUAUCCACCCUUUCAAGACGCUAACGGUCUUUCUGCAUGAAUUGGGGCACGCAACAGCUGCGUGGCUUACUUGCGGAAGCGUGGAGGGAAUGGAAGUGCAUCCGGACGAAGGUGGCGUCACCAAGACCGUUGGCGGCCUCCAGUGGGUCAUUGUUCCAGCCGGCUACUUAGGAUCAGCGAUGUGGGGUAUGGCGCUCACAAUUGCCAGUGCUGACAAAACAGCGUCAGAAGUGGCAGCAGGAGUCCUUAUUUUCUUCCUGCUCGUCUUCAUCCUCCUCGCCCACAAUAAUUACCUUCGCAUCCUCAACUUUUGUUUUAUCGUGCUACUUGCGGGACUUAUGGCGCUCAAUAUUGGAACAACAUUUGACGCGCUGCAAUACGUGACACUAUUUCUAGGUGUCAUGAGCUGUCUUUUCUCUGUAUACGACAUCUGGGACGAUCUCAUUGCCCGCCGAUUGAACGAGAGCGAUGCGUCAGUAUUCGCCAAAAUGACGCAUACUUCCAGUCGUUGCUGGGGAGUCAUCUGGGGCCUGAUUGCAAUCGCGUCGCUCGUCGCAGGCUUGUACUUCAACUUGCUGGUGGCUGAAGACUCGGGCGAGUCACUAAGCAGCAUUUCUGACGCCUCAACUGGUACAAAAGUCGCAUUGGCGUGUGCUGUCGUCAUUGUAGCUCUCGCUGUCAUGCACACCGUACUUACUCGACGAUGUAUGCUGCGGAAACGCAAUGGGCUUGGCAGCUAUUUUGUCGCAUUAGCUUAG